AUGUCAUCCACCUUGGACCUAACUCUCUUCCUUUGGUUAGAAGGCUUUUUCCCCAAGAGUGUUGCCUAUUACCUCCUCUUUAAAGGCAUUGUCAACUCUCCGGCCCAAUUGUAUGAGGGCACAACCAAUGAUCCUCGCCUGAAGAUCCGAGUAAUCUCUUUCAAUGGAUCUGCGUUUGAGGAUGCCGACCCCAAAGAUCCCAAGCCUCCCGGAAAGAGUUUGCCUUGUCUUCGAGUUGUAGACGGGGCUGCUGAAGAGAAAACAACCUGGAUCCAUGAAAGCUCGUCCAUUUUGCGCUUUCUGGAAGACCAUUAUCCGCAAGAACCGCGUAUGAUGGGGACUGAAGCGUUGGACCGCGCUACCAUGUAUGACUGUUUGGCUGCUGUAUAUCAGGGCUUUAAUGACUGCAAUUACUAUAUUAAAAAUGCAGCCGCGGUUACGACAAGCUGGUCAGGUAUCCGGAAUGAGGAUAGAAGCCUUGUACUGGCCUCAAAUGCCAAGAAAAGCAUGGUCCAUUCUUUCAUAAAAGUCCAGGAGUGGGCAGCUGAGAGCCUGCAAGAUAGCGGAUGGCUGACCUCUGGGAUAAGAAGCCCCGGCUUGGUUGAUGUCGCGCUCGCUGCGGGUGUCAGAUAUAUGGAGCUCAGUUACUCCUUUGAUCUCUUCGAAGAGGAAGAGCUUGAACCUCUCCGCCAAUGGUACGCUCGCUUUAAAAAAUCUCAGUGGUGGGAGGACUAUGAGGAAAGUGGACGUUUCCCAAAGGAUAUGUCUCACCCAGCAGACUGCCGUGAGGUUUAA